GAGGGGCGGCAGAGGGGGGGGUCUUUAGCACAAUAAUUCGUGCAAGUCUGACCAUUGUGAACCACGCCGGAAUGACAUCCUGACUGCCGCCACCUCCGGGACUAGAGCCUAACGAGGCGGGCGCCCGGCGCAGCUUAGCACUGCUGGAUAUUGGCCUUUCUUUGCCUGGGCAGCUCCUACGGUAGCACCGCCACUAGGCGCAAUAUACACGUGAAAGAGCAGCCGGCCGUUUGCAAGUGAAGCGGCAGUAAUAAAGGCACCCCGAAGCUGCUGCCUGCCUGCCUCGUCGGUUGCAGCUUAGAAGAGCAUCCACUCGGCGCGCUCGCUCGCGCUCCCUUCUUCGCCAGCAGACGCGCGAGGGCUGGCGAGCGCCUUGCGCGGCUCUUGGGCAGAGGAGGGGGAGGGAUUGACUGUGCAUUGCUGCUGCAGCAACGCUCAGACGCUCCUCCAGUCCUCCUAUAGGGGGAACGUGGAGUGGAGACAGCCGCGGCAACAGCGCACGUACCCCAGAUUCCCCCUGGUCAGAGAUCGAGGCUCGCUGGGCUGAAGCUACAGACAAGGCGAGCGAGAGAGGAGGACACCGCCAAGGAAGUCAUCGCCCUGCAAAGCUCCCGCGUUGCAGCCUCGUCGGGUUCAGGUAGCCAUGAGUGGCAGCAGCAACACUCUCUGGAUAUUGAGUAUGGCUUGGGCACUGACCGUGCUCUGGGCAGGUGCUAAGGGCAUGGAGGGUCACUGCCUGCCUGGAGGAAAACACAAAGCCAGUCCAAGCCCAGAAGGCCAGCUGGGUGUCUGCCAGCUUUAUGCAGAGAAUGCCUGCUGCUCAUCAGAAGUCACCCAAGACCUUUCCAAAGCCAAUGACAUCUACUGGAACCGCUGUGGGAGCCUCAGCAGAAGAUGUGAGGAGCACUUGCAGCAGCUGGAGUGUUUCUACCUCUGCUCCCCGAUUGCUGCCCAGUGGCCCCAUCCUCAGAGACCUACAGCUGUGCGGGCCGUGCCACUCUGCGAGAGUUUCUGUAACCAAUGGUAUGAGGCUUGCAAGGAAGACCUAACCUGUGCUCGGAACUGGCUUACUGAUUGGCGAUGGGGGCCUGAUGGGAACAACUGCAGUCAGGAUUGUAUCUCGUAUGGCCAGAUGUACAGGGAUGGGAAGGAGCUCUGCAAGACCAUCUGGGACGACUCUUUCACAGUAAGCAAGGAUCCCUGUGAGUGCCUGACACUGACCACCUCCGACCCACCCUUUUCAGCCUAUUCCCAUCUUGUAGAUAGUGACAGCAUUGAGGAACCCGACACUACCAAGGAGCGUCGCAAAAGAGAAGGCCGCAUUGGCCCUAGGGGGCUCUGCACAGGCCACCCGCUAAUUCAACGCCUGAGAAGGAACAUGCAGAAGCGUUCAGUCUUCAUGGAAGAUGCAGAAGGGAGUGGGAGUGGGUUCUGAUCCCACACAGCCACCUUUCCAGGGGAAAAUAACCCCCUCCCCUGUGAUUGCCUGGGGCUUGUGUGUGUGUGUGUGUGUGUGGUGGGUGGGGGGUAAUCACUUGUGAUCUAUGCAAAUCCAUCACAUCCCAUGUUACCAGCUUCUUGCCAUCUUGUAUAGCUCUCUGCAAUUUGCUCACAGCAUAGGAAACAGAUCUGGCAUCAUAGCAGGGCUCUGAGUCCCAUGCCUUAGAAGUAGAGCUUACCCUAACAGGGCACCUUAAUCUCCCAUAAACCCACCUGUGGCCAGUGUAUUCUCCAGGUUUGUACAGCUGGAAAGACAGAGGAAGACAGUAGUUUAACUGGUAAUGUCUUCACUCCCAACACCCUGCCUUCCCUUCUAACUAGUGCUUCUCUAAGUCCCUUUAAUUGCUGGCCCUACUUGUCCUUAAUCAGAUUCCUCUCUAUUGCGGAAAGGGAGUGGAGAUGGUAGGCUCUGGUAAAGGAGAUUGCUAGAAGCUGCAUGGACUGAGGAGGGAAAUAGGUGAAAUAAUCCACACUGAAAAGGUGUUGAGCCCUACUGUUCUAGCUAUAAUUAGGGAUGUGCACGGAACUGGUUCGGAGGCCCUUUAUGGGCCUCCAAACCGGUUCGAAAGACCUGUGGUUCGGCCAGUUCAGGGGUGGAGGAGAUAACUUUAAGGACUCGGGAGGGUGCUCUUACAUCCCCGCCAUGUUUCCCCCACCGGCGUGGUUAUCAAAGACAGUCCCACUGGAGCAGCAGCAUACCUCCUUGCCGCCCUGGUACGCUGCAGACCAGAAGCGGCUGUGGCACGUGCGCACUUUGCAACGUGCACACAAGCGAGUGUGACAUGCGCAUGCGCAGUGGCCACUACUGGUCUGUGACGUACCGGGGUGGCAAGGAGGUAUGCUGCUGCCCCAGCGGGACUGUUUUUGAGAACCACGCUGGUGGCCGGGGACACGCCGGGGUGGUGGUGGUGAAGAGCACCCUCCCCAGUCCUUCAAGUUAUCCCCCCUGUACCUUUGAACCGGCAGUUGCUGGUUCCAUACACAUCCCUAGCCACUAUUGCCUGUAGGACUGAGCUAAAAUGAAGAUCCUUCACUGGUUGAGCUCAAUAUGAAUACUAUAAGCAAUCGCAAAACCACUAGCCAGUCGCUGGGGUUAGAGAGCUCCAUGGGUGACUUGCACCCAUACAGGCACAGGCCAGACCAGCUGCAGUUACUAGGGGACCAAUAGUCUACUAGAGGACUACUUGGUUCCCUAAUAAGAAGGUGUAGGGCGUGAGCUGUCCUAUUAAUUAUUACUUUUAAUAGUAAUAGGGCGUGAGCUGCCCUGAGAUUGGCUUAUGCCUGGUAGUAGCUGUAGUUUUUAUGCAGCCAAAAACAUGGGGGAAAGGGGGAAUACAUGCAAUCGGUGUGAAUAGACUUGGGCUGAUUAUAACUACAGAAUAAUAAUGCAAAUGUGUCAGCAAAAAAUAAAGUGUCAAGUAUUCUAUAUGGGAUGCAUAACAUGCAGUGAAAAGUGGUCAGUGCCAUGCAGUUUAUCCGAACAGAACAGGAGGCUGUAGUCCAAAAGAAAAAGUAUUCUCGUGGGGGCAAGGGGAGAGCCCCAAGCGCCCUUCCUAUAUGCAACAGUCCAUGAACUUUGCCAAAUCAACCCUUGUGUAGACUUGCAUAUAAGUACUGUGUAUAAAUUCCUUUUGGAAUAGCCUCUAUCCAAAAUAGACCCAUCCUGCUUUAUCAGUCACCCUCUUGUGUUCUUGCUUAUUCACCCUUAGUUGUGUUUGCUGCAAAUGACACAUUGAGCCAAUUCAUCAACCUAUCAAUACUUUAGGGGUGGGGGAAAUAAAUAUAUAUACACAUC